UAAAACUACAGCUAGCUCAGAACGACGCCGAACGCGUGUCUGUCUAUACGUGUUACAAGGAUUUUAGUUAAUAACAUUAAAAUAAACAAAUAGAUUGAAAUGCUAAAGUAAUGUGUACAAAAUCGCAAUGUGUUAUUAAAAUUAUUUUUGAAAAACGGACCUUUUGAAAAAACCUCAAUUGUUUGGAGUGUGGGAACGUGUAACCCUGACAUGGAAAAUUUACAUAAAUGAUCUCAGAUCCGCAGGUUUCAGCUACAUAGUUUGAAUUAUUAUAAAAAUGGUUGAAACAGACGGUACCGGUGGUGAAUCAACCGAAAAAAACAGUAAAAUAGUUAGUAAUAACAGGGUUAUCAACAAUGCUAACGAUCGUCUUGAUCAUGAUGUCAUAGCGCAGUACACUAAGGAAACAGAGCCUGAAUUGCUGCUUGAAAAAGUAAAAUUUGAAGGACUUGAUGAUGAAAAGAUCACACGUAGGGAUGCAGUCACUGCAAGAAAGAUACCUGACGGUGGCUGGGGUUGGGUGGUAGUGGCUUCGGCGUUCCUUGUCUCCGCCUGCGCUGAUGGUCUCGCCUUCUCUUUCGGACUCCUCCACGAAAGGUUGACCAGCUAUUUCAACACAACACAAUCAAAGACCUCAUUAAUAGGAAGCCUGUUUAUAGCCACUCCGCUACUAGCGGGACCGGUAAUGAGUGCUUUGGUCGACAGAUAUGGCUGUCGAGUUAUGACUAUAAUUGCCGGGCUGCUGUCAACGGUAGGGUUUCUGUUAGCAGCUGUGAGUAACUCAAUCGGCAUGCUGUGUUUGACGUAUGGUUUCAUAAGCGGUUUAGCUAUGGGGAUUAUGUACGUAACCGCAGUGGUGUCUGUAGCCUUUUGGUUCGACAAAAGAAGGAAUCUGGCCGUUUCGUUAGCGUCAUGUGGUGUUGGUUUUGGGACGCUGCUUUAUUCGCCGAUGACCAGCUACUUUUUGGAACUCUACGAUUGGAGAAGCACAAUAAUAUUGCUUGCUGGAACGUUGUUGAACAUGUGCGUCUGCGGCGCUCUGAUGAGAGAUCCAGAGUGGCUUAUAAUUAAACAGGAAAGAGAAAGAAGAGCGUCCAGAUCGAAGUCUAGGUCUGCUAGUCUUUCAUCGAGAGCCUCGAGUCAAGAUUCAUUGUUUCUUGGAGCCGACGAAAUCAAAUCUUUGCUUGAGAGCGGUCAAAGUCCUGAAUAUAUACUAGCAACGUUGGCUUCCAGUAUAGCCGAGGCUGAAGAGUUGGAGAGCACAACACAAGCCAAUGUUGAGCAAUCUUUUAAGAGGAUGCAUUCGGCGAUACAGCUGCCGACAUUCAUUCAGCAAAAAGAAAAGGUACCGCCAGAAGUAAUGGAAAAAUUAAUGCACAAUAAGAAAAUUUACAAUAUAAUAGUAAACAAUUAUCCUGACUUAAUUGCAAGGAGGAAAUCUGAAGCCAGUAUAAACGUUGAAUCUCCAACUGCGGAUGUCGUCACAGAAGCAGCUGUAAUCCCAGUUGAAAUACAGGCUAUAGAUCUUAAAGCGUCUGGAUCCAACGCUCACAAUACCGAAGAUAAGAAAAAAACCUCAAAAGAAACGAAUAAGGCCAAAGAUAAUGCAAAGAAUCAAUCCAAAACAGUGCCACCGCAACAGAAUUGGUUCAGACAAAUAUCUAUGGACCACCAUUAUUUGAGAGAUGUGCCACUAUACAGGAACACGAUGAUGCGACGCGGGGCCAUGAUGAGUAUCCAGCGCUACCGGCUGAGGGCUGCUUCGUUGCCGGACAUGUACAAGAAUACAACGGAUUCGGAGUCGGAUGAUGAGUCAGAAUGGUACGAGCGCUUCGUCAGCGUCCUCAAAUCAACAUUCGACUUCCGAAUGUUCACGGAGUUCCAUUUCUUGAUGUUCAACCUCUCCUCCCUCAUCCUCUCAGUGUGGUUCAUUGUUCCUUACUUCUUUCUUAACUCCUACAUGUCGAGCCAAAGGAUGGACGGUGGUGCUACGAUGAUCAGUAUCAUUGGAGUCGCUAGCAGUAUUGGAAUUGUGGCUCUUGGUUGGGCUGGAGAUCAGCCAUGGAUCAACGUCACCAAGACAUACGCGGUCUGCCUCAUUAUCUGCGGCUUCUCCGUCGCGGCCUAUCCCCUCUUCAUCACUAACUAUUGGGCACUGACUGUGAUCUCCACGGUUUUCGGCCUAUCAUUUGCCAGCUCUUACUCCUACACUCCGACGAUCUUGAUGGAGCUCAUGCCUAUUGAUCAUUUUACCGUGGCCUAUGGUCUCAUCCUGCUCAGUCAAGGGAUCGGUCAUCUGGUCGGGCCACCUCUAGGCGGUUUGUUGUACGACUUGACCGGUGCCUGGGACCUCACAUUCUACGUGGGCGGAGUGUGGCUGGUGGUAUCAGGACUAUGUGUAGGAGUCAUCCCUUACACCAAAGACAAGAGGAUGUGUGGGGCUGCGCCUCUACUGAAAGAGUCAACGGAGGUGGUGAAUGUCUGAAAAGACAAACUGAGCCAAGUUUAGUUGAAUUUUAAUGUAUUCAUCGCUGCUCCGUUGCUCAGACGCUCGGAAGGCCGGCAAGGCAGAUUCUUUGAAAAAAUAGUAUUUCUGGACAUUGUCUUUUAACGUAAUUUUAAAAUCGAAGUGUAACGUAGGCCCGUUGUCUGAAUCAUACUUCUGUCAAAUAACAAUAGGCCGACAAUAGUCAUUGUGAAUGCGAAAUUAGUCAUCACUCCCAUGUUUAAUUGUUUUUUUUUAUUAUUACGUAUUUGGGACAUGUAAAGGUUCUCUGUGAUAAAUACAGUUAUUAUGUAUUCGA